UCGAGGAGAGUUCACAGGAAAGAAAGCGGAGAUGCGAAGACCGUUAUGAAUGAUAAAACAGCUAGAUUCGUCGAAGGACGCGAGCUCCACAAUUGUUUUGCUUCACGUGUUCGCGUUGUCGUGGUUUUAUGAGUUUAUACAUUUUUUUUCAUUAUCAAUUUUGAUCGAUAAAAAUCCAAAAAAUGUCGAAGUUUUGGAUAAUUUUCUGCGUUGUUUUAGAAUUGUCGCAAGAUGCUCACUUGAGUCGUAACGCCUCGUAUCGCUUCUGUAGGGAAUCCGACCAGCGUUGCGUACUGCUCGCCGAAUGUUCCAAUUCAAGAUCGCUUAUUACCAGUAAACAAGCUGAACUAUGCGGUUCCGAAGAAGAAAUUGAUGAAAGCCAGGCGAUAUGCUGCAAUUUGACAAAUAUCGCCGAGUCCGUAGCUUUGCAAAAAUGCCAAGAGUACAGCAAAUAUCGAUAUGAGCAAAAAGGGAAAGCAGAUGAACCAUCAUUGACUGCCAGAAUAAUCGGAGGAACCCCAACUCAAAUCAGCGAAUAUCCUCACAUGGCUCUCAUAGGAUUCGAAAUAAAAUUAGACGAGUAUAACCUUACCUUCGUUGAGUGGAAUUGCGGUGGUAGUUUAAUCAGCGAAAAUUUCGUCCUGAGUGCUGCACAUUGUGUUCACGAAUCACGCGGUCCACCACGAUGGGUUUUACUCGGAGACCCGAACGUACCUACAACCGUAGAAGACGCCAAGUCAAACGUUUACGAAAUAAUCAAAAUUCACGAUCACCCAAAUUACAACGUAUCGUCGCUCUACCAUGAUAUUUCCCUAUUCGAGUUGAAUACUAACGUCACAUUCAGCCCUUAUGUAAGGCCCGCUUGCCUGUAUACUUCAACCACUGAUUUACCCAUCAACACUAGAGCGAGCAUUACUGGAUGGGGAAGAAUAGGCGAAACCGAAGCUUUCAGCAAUAGGUUACUGAAAGCGACUAUAAACGUAGUCGAUCAUGAAAAUUGCAGAACUUCAUUUGAAGGCACUACUCGCAAGUUGGCGCGUGGUUACGAUUCAGAAGCCAUGAUUUGUGCUGGAGAUGUAGACACGGGCAGGGAUGUAUGCACGGGUGACGGUGGAGGACCGCUACAGAUCUCGAUAUCAAAACAACCUGGCAUGUGGAAUAUUAUAGGAGUGUCAUCUUUCGGCCCUAGUAUUUGCGGAAAUCACGAAGAUCCGUCAGUUUAUACUAAAGUGUCACACUAUCUGCUUUGGAUCCGGAGUAUAGUUUGGCCUCAGUGGCGUAGCCAGGGCGUAUAUGGAGCGGGGUUUUAGUUGUUAGAGAAAGGUCCAAUUUUUUCCGUGAUGAGAGAAUAUGUACAUACAUAAAAGAACAAUGUUUUUUUUUUUUUUUUUCUAGGAAGAGAUUCAUUAUUUAAGCUUCAGAAUUUCAGAUUUUGAACGAUUUUCUUUUAGAAAUUUCAGGUUUGGAAAAGAAAAGUAAAAAGGCCAAAACAAAUUGAGGGCAAAAUCUAUCGAAAUAUCGUGUUUUGAGAAGUAAAAAACAGUUUUUUAAUGUGAGCAGUUUAUUUUUGGAUUUACAUGCACAUUUUUUUUGAUUUCGAAUACCUAAUAAAUUAUGAUGUUUUUUACAAGAAGUCAAUUUCGUAAUUUCAUUCGACAUUUUCAAGAGUUAGGUAGCUCUAUCUUGAACAGGUGCAGAAAUUUAGAAAUAGAAAAACUGUACUCAGCUAGAGCAAAGUGAGAGCAAAAUAUUUCAAAAAUGUGCUAUCAAGUUUCAAAAAAGUCGCUAAAUACUUAAGUCUCUUUCUUAAGACUGAAAAUUUUAAAAUAGGCACCUAGGAAUAGCUAAAAUAAACAAAAAAUGUAACAUUUGAGAAUUUAAGUAGCCAGAAGAUAUGAAUGGGAUACGAAUUGAUCGUAGUUCAUAGCUAUUGACUUAUUAUUACCUAUUUAUUCAUUACUGUACCCACCUACUUAUAUGGUUUGUCAUAAUAUUAUGCAUGUGCAAUGGAGAAAUUUUAGCAGCGAUCCUGCGCCCAUGGGGGGGUCUCGACCCCCUAACCCCCCCCCCGGCUACGCCUCUGUUUGGCCUUGACAGUUGACAGCGGCCAUUUUAUACGUGAUUUCAAACAAAUAUAACUACAGCAAUUCACCUACAGAAUGUUUCGAGAAUCCGACUAAUUAAUGACUAUAGAAGAUGACUUUCACGAACUGGUUUUCAGAACAGUGUCCGUUUGAUGAAUUUCUCAACAAGUUGAAAAACUUUGAAAGUAGGUACCCUUCUUAUGUUUCCAUAGUCGAUGAAAUUAGGAAAAAAUUGCCUUUUGUCUCGCGUGUUGAAAAACCAGAACUUUCCUAUGGUGAUUUGGAUUCGAAAAUACAUCAAAACCCGACAAAAACUCACACACAUCUCAAAAAAAAAACAAAAACAAAAAAAAUGCAAAAAAAAUUGUUGAAAUUGAGAAAAACUGACUAAAACAGGAAGCAGAGGAAAGAUCGAAAUCUGGAGAGAAAAAAAUUAGUCAAAGAAUAGUGUUUAAAAAUACCUCCCUGUUGUCUCCUUUCAAAAUCAAAAUCACUACUCUCUAAAACUCUAAAAAUAAAAUUCGAGAGCGAAAUUUAAAACGAAAAAACAUCUCCAAAAAUUAGAGAAAUUCUGCUACCUAAAAUUUUAAAAGUUGAAAAAAAAAUCACGAGGAUCCCAGAAUGCAAAUUUGAUCAAAAGUAGGAAAACUCCUCCAAAAAAAUUAGAGUAAAAAGCACUAAAAUUUAAUGAAAAAAAAAACAUGGUGAAAAUUGAAAAAACAAAGCACUCGCGAAAAUUCACAUAAAAUCUAUGAUAAUUCAAAAAGAAUGACGCGAGGAAAAAAAUCAACAAAGCACCAAAAAAAAUCGAAAUGAAACCAUCAAGUCUCAAAAGUCCAAAACGAAUUCUCAAAAACUCAAAAAAAAAAACUGUAAAACGGGAAAUUCCACAAAAAUUUGCCCGGAAAAAUUGGGAGAAAUUGUUAUAAACAUUACGAAAAUUAGGCAGAAAAGCGAAUCAAUAAGAUUCAACGCAAAAUCGUGGAAAUGACAAAAAUUGAAAACUCUCGAAAAUUCAGUUAAUGAAAAAUCAUUGAAAAUUUAGAACUGAGAACUCACGAGAAUUAAAAGUAGUUAUAUGACUUCAGAAAAAAAUUAAAAACAAUUUCGAGAAAAAUCCUCGAAAAAAAAAUGUUUGAAGAGAGAGGAAAUCCGGAGGACCUUUCCCCAUUACUCGUAGAGAAGGGGAAAGCAGAGAAGAAUCAACGAAUAAAAGAUUAUCAAGAUGAAAAAAAAAAAAUACACCACAAAAGGUGAAAAAUGUAAGCGAAUAAAUCACUAGUUUUUUUAAAUCACCAGACUCGAAAAAAGUAACUCUGAACAUGACAAAAAAAUUAAUCAAAAUUAAGGCACGAUUUUUGUAAAUAGGUAUAAUUGGCUACGUUAGAUAUUAGUAGAAUUAUUUAUGCUAAAAAAUAUGUCUUAAGAAUGCCAUUUAUGUGAAAUAAAAUUGCGAGUAAAUUUCGUGAAACGUU